CGUAGCAACCGGCGUGUCGCUUCCGGCCGGACUCGGAACGGAGGGUGCGUUGGAGUGGUGUUUCAAGGAACAGCCAUGUCCACCCUGUACCCGUCCCUGGAGGACCUGAAAGUGGACCAAGUCAUUCAGGCCCAGGCCAGAGACACACCCAAGAUGCCCGCCCUGCCCAUGCAGGAGACAGCUAUCCCCCAGCCAUCAGUUUUGUACCCAAACCUGGCAGAAUUGGAAAAUUAUAUGGGUCUUUCCCUCUGCAGCCAAGAAGUCCAACAGAACCUGCCUCAGAUUCCAGACGGUGCCAGUACUGUGGUCUCGGGCCCCUUGCCCGGCCAGGUGGUGGCGCCGGUGUCUGGGAACAGCCUGGGUAUGCUGCGUGCGGAGAUCAAGCCGGGGGUGCGUGAGAUCCACCUAUGCAAGGACGAGCGUGGCAAGACAGGGCUGCGGCUUCGGGCUAUCAACAAGGGGCUCUUCGUGCAGUUGGUUCAGGUCAACACCCCUGCAUCCCUUGUGGGGCUGCGCUUUGGGGACCAGAUCCUGCAGAUUGAUGGGCGUGACUGUGCCGGGUGGAGCACAGACAAAGCCCACCGGGCAGUGAAGAAGGCAUCAGCUGAGAAGAUCGUCAUGAUUGUUCGGGACAGGCCGUUCCAGCGGACUGUCACCAUGCACAAGGACAGCACCAGCCACAUUGGCUUCAUCAUCAAGAAAGGGAAGGUGGUCUCUGUCGUCAAAGGGAGUUCUGCGGCCCGCAAUGGGCUCCUCACCAACCACUACGUCUGUGAAGUGAAUGGGCAGAAUGUCAUCGGGCUGAAGGACAAAAAGGUCACAGAGAUUCUGGCUAUGGCCGGGGACGUCGUCACCCUGACCAUCAUCCCCACCGUGAUCUACGAGCACAUGGUCAAAAAGUUGUCCCCGACCCUGCUCCACCACACCAUGGACCACUCCAUCCCAGAUGUCUGAGGUCAGGGAGGCAGCUCGGCCCUCCCACCCUCCUGCAGGAGAGGAGAGUCUUCACGGAUGACAAGUUUCAAAGGCCUGCUGCCAGGGACUGGGGAUGUCUUGAUGGGGGGUGUGCUUGAGGGGGGCUGAUAGCAGAUCACAUCGUCCGUCUUUACAACACAGGCCUCUUGGAGCCUGACUCUCGACUGGACCAGGGCAGGGCCAGGGCCCAAAGACAGCGGUUCCCUACGCCGAUGUAAAUGCAGCCAGGUCCCUUCCAAGGUUUUGCCUCUACCGGAAACACAGUUCCACAUAUUGAGAGGACAGAAAUACAUUCUUUGUGAGAAUUCUUUCCCCUUUACUUGCUCUUUGUCCCAAACUGUACAGAGCUAUAAGU